AUGGAUCGAGUGAAUUUGGACGUCCUGAAGCCAUGGAUUACUGCCAAACUUAACGACAUACUGGGCAUGGAAGAUGACGUGCUCAUCGAAUACGUCUUCAGUCAGCUCGAAGAGAAAUCUCUCAAUCCAAAAGUGAUGCAAAUUAAUUUGACCGGUUUCCUGAACGCUCGACGGGCCCGAGAAUUCAUGGGCGAGCUGUGGGGAAUGUUGCUGGAAGCGCAGAGCAGUGAAGAUGGCAUUCCGGCAUCACUGGUGGAAAAGAAGAUGAAGGAGAUACAGGAAAAGACGAAAAACAUAACCGUUUCAUCGUCGAAUGGCGGAGCAGCAGAGUUAGCUGGUUCGGAUUGGAAGAACAGGUACAAUUCGCUAACUGGCGGGCGAUAUGGCCGAGAAAGUCGAGACAUAGAAAAUGAAUCGAAUAAAAAGGAAGAAACAAGACACAGAAGCCAUCGAGAGUCAGACCGGAGUCGAGAAAAGGAACGAAACAAGGAAGGAGCAAAAGGCAAAGAAGACGAAAAAAAUGAAAGAAGGCACGAUGCGGAGAAGCAGUCUUCUCGGGAUGAUCGAGCACGACCACGCAGCCGAUCGCCCACAAGGCGACGUAUGUAUGAUGAGAGAAUGGAAAAGAAAAAGGAACGUUCUCGUUCGCCGAACAGGUAUUUUCAACUAUCUUAG